AUGGAUAAUUCUAGAAAUAAAAACUGGAUGAAUUGUGAUAGACUAAGUAAAGAAUACUUGGAUGGAGUAGAUGAUUUUAUAAAGCAUGCCUUUUCUGGAAAACAAGAUGGAGAAAAAAUUGCAUGUCCUUGUACGGAAUGUGUGCUUAUUUAUCAAGCAAAUCGGGCUACCGCAUAUGAUCAUCUUGUGGUUAAUGGUAUCAUGCCAUCGUAUGAUACUUGGUUUUGUCAUGGGGAGCCUUUAAAGGGAUCAAACAAUACUAAAGGAAACAACCGCAGCCAAUCAACUUUGAGGGGCGAUGACAUGAGAAGAAUGAUACAUGAUGCCUUCGGAGGCUCUACACAGUUCAUGGAUAGUGAGGUAAGUGAAAGGGGCGAGAUGGAUCCAAAUCUACAAGAAAAUACUGCUCAUCCAUCCGGAUAUGAACCUCAUCUAGAGAUGGAUAAGUUUGAACGGCUCAUGAAGGAGGCAAAUGAAGAACUAUAUCCUGGAUGCCAGAAGUUUAGCAAACUAUCCUUUUUGCUGCAUAUCUAUCGUACAAAAUGCAUGUUCAAAUGGUCAAAUGAAUCUUUUAAUGCUCUACUUGGACUAUUGAAGGAUGCGCUGCCUGAAGGGGAAAAAUUGCCUCCUUCUUUCUAUGAGACUAAAAAGAUAGUUGAAGGCUUGGGCUUAAAGUAUGAAAAGAUUGAUGCUUGUCCCAAUGACUGCAUGCUUUUUAGGAAAGAGUUUGCUAGCAAGGAUGUUAAUGAAUGCAAAAUUUGUGGGGCCUCUAGAUGGAAAAAUAAUGCUAGAAAAAUUCCACUCAAGGUCCUUAGGUAUUUUCCUUUAAAACCAAGGCUGCAAAGAUUGUUUAUGUCUUCAGAAACUUCUAAAGCAAUGCGAUGGCAUCAUGAAGAGCGCAGCAAAGAUGGAGUUCUUCGGCAUCCUGCAGAUUCUGAAGCUUGGAAAAGUUUAGAUAAUAAAUAUCCCGAAUUUGCUAAAGAUCCUCGCAAUGUCUGGCUGGUAUUAGCUUCUGAUGGGUUUAAUCCAUUUGGCACAAUGCGAACUGUUCAUAGCACAUGGCCAGUGAUUUUAAUGCCAUAUAAUCUUCCACCAUGGAUGUGCAUGAAGCAAGAGUUCUUCAUUCUAUCCUUACUUAUUCCUGGACCAAAAGCGCCUGGCAAUAAUAUUGAUGUCUUCUUCCAACCUUUAAUAGAAAAGUUAAAUGAAUUAUGGGAUGUCGGGGUAGAAACAUAUGAUGCCUCUACUAAGGAGAUAUUUCAAAUGCGAGCAGCUCUCAUGUGGACUAUAAAUGAUUUUCCAGCAUAUGGUACUCUCUCUGGAUGCAGCACUUAUGGUCGGUUUGCAUGCCCUUCUUGCAACAUAAACACUCAAUAUACCAUAGUGGUGUUAUGGUCAUUUCAAAGACUGAAAGUUAUGCAAGUACAAGUGACAAUGCUCCAAAGUCUGCAAAUAUCACAUAUUAUGGUAGGGUGA